GCUCUCCCUCAAAAUCUAACAAUCUUCAAAUCCGACACAUUCAUUUGCUCUUUCAUUCGCACCCUCCGUUUCCUGGAAACUGUAAGUCAUAGAGUAGUUCUUUCUUUUUUCUGUAAUUCUAAGUUAUACUGUCUUUCUUUUGUGCACAAUUGGUCCAUACCCGUCACUGUAAAUCUUCAAAGUCUCCAUUUUUAUAGCUGCUGUAUAUCUCUGUUCAUCUAGCUUUCUCUGAGAUUUAGCAGAGCUGUCUGUGUAUUGGGUGUUCAUAAUCACCCCUGGUUAUAGUUUUAAGUCGAUACCCUGAUAUAGAAAAGAUGAGCACUAGCAGCUCCAUUGGGAUCUCUACUAUGAAGCCCUGUUGUAGAAUCCUGAUUAGGUACAGAUCCUCCUCGAUUUUCCGGGUUUCGCCUCAGAAAUCGAACAACCCGUCUCUCAACAAUUUGUCGAAAUCACACUUCAAGCACGCGUUCCGCUGUGGCUAUAGUAGGCCCGGGUUUUCGGGUCGUCGGUGUCUGGUGGAUCCGAGUCGGAGAGCCUUUUGUAUCUCCGAUUCGAGUUGGGGUCAAUCCAGGGUAGGUAGCUGUCGGGUAAAUGGUAGGAGGGGUCUUUUAGUAAUUCCCCGCGUAGCGUCUGAUUUUAGGAACCAUUCGACAUCAGUUGAAGCUCAUGUAAAUCAGAAGGGCUUCGAGAGCAUAUACAUCCAAGGGGGGUUGAAUGUGAAGCCUCUCGUGAUUGAGAGAAUUGAGACGGAUCAUGGCGUCGCAAAGGAAGAAGAACGCGAUAGGAUAGAGGCUGAUGGUUCUACUGUAAAUAUAGAUAGUUUGAAAGGGUUGCGAGAGAAGACGGUUGAGAGAGAAGUGUCUGAGAUAGAAAAGGAGGCGUGGAAGUUGCUCCGGAGUGCCGUGGUGAACUAUUGUGGGAACCCUGUAGGUACGGUCGCGGCUAAUGAUCUCACGGACAAGCAAGCUCUCAACUAUGAUCAGGUCUUCAUCCGUGAUUUUGUGCCCUCCGCACUCGCAUUUUUGCUUAACGGAGAAGGAGAGAUUGUCAAGAACUUUCUGCUUCACACCUUGCAAUUGCAGAGUUGGGAGAAGACGGUCGACUGCUAUAGUCCUGGCCAAGGGUUGAUGCCAGCUAGUUUCAAAGUCCGUAGUGUACCUCUUGAAGGAAGUGAUGGAGCAUUUGAGGAAGUUCUGGAUCCAGAUUUUGGGGAAUCAGCCAUUGGCCGUGUUGCUCCAGUUGAUUCUGGGUUAUGGUGGAUUAUACUGCUGAGAGCUUAUGGAAAGAUCACUGGUGACUAUGCUUUGCAAGAGAGAGUAGAAGUUCAGACAGGCAUAAGACUGAUCCUUAACUUGUGUCUAACUGAUGGUUUCGACAUGUUUCCCACAUUGCUGGUCACCGAUGGUUCCUGCAUGAUCGAUAGGAGGAUGGGAAUCCACGGACACCCUCUUGAAAUUCAAGGAUUGUUUUACUCGGCUUUACGUUGUUCCAGAGAAAUGCUUAUUGUCAAUGAUGGAACUAAGAAGUUGGUGGCGGCCAUAAACAACCGACUCAGCGCACUUUCGUUCCACAUAAGAGAGUAUUAUUGGGUGGACAUGAAGAGGAUCAAUGAGAUAUACCGUUAUAAUACAGAGGAGUAUUCCACAGAAGCCAUAAAUAAGUUCAAUAUCUACCCGGAUCAGAUCCCGUCUUGGCUGGUCGAUUGGAUUCCAGAGACAGGUGGUUAUCUCAUUGGCAAUUUACAGCCUGCUCAUAUGGAUUUUAGGUUCUUCACCCUCGGAAAUCUGUGGGCCAUCAUUUCCUCGUUGGGUACCCAGAAGCAGAACCAGGGUAUUUUGAACUUAAUUGAAGCCAAAUGGGACGAUCUCGUGGCUCAUAUGCCUCUGAAGAUUUGUUACCCCGCCUUGGAGUCUGAAGAGUGGCGUAUAAUUACCGGAAGCGAUCCCAAGAACACGCCAUGGUCGUACCACAACGGUGGAUCUUGGCCAACACUUUUAUGGCAGUUCACAUUGGCCUGCAUCAAGAUGGGAAAGCUGGAAUUAGCAAAGAAGGCGGUCGACUUGGCUGAGAAAAGGCUUUCUGCCGAUGAUUGGCCUGAAUAUUACGACACGAGGAGCGGGAGAUUCAUUGGCAAGCAAGCAAGGCUAUUCCAAACUUGGACGAUUGCCGGCUUCCUAACCUCGAAGAUGCUUAUUGAGAAGCCAGAGUUGGCGUCCCUCUUGUUUUGGGAAGAAGAUUAUGAGCUUCUGGAGAUUUGCGUUUGUUCGCUCGGUAAGUCUGGGCGAAAGAAGUGUUCGCGGCAGAGCGCUAGAUCGCAGUCUUCAGCUUGACACGGUGUUCAUCAUCGGAGAAUAAGGACAAUGGAAGGCGCCUCUGGCUCAAUAAACCUAAUUACAAUGAAGCAACCUGCAUUUUCCCAAUGUUCUAAUACUUCCGCGCAAAAUGAGUAAGGAAGUAUCAGAAUGAAGAUGACAUGGUUUCCUCUUAUUGUUCUAACCAACAUUGGUGGAGAGCAUUUUAUUCAUGAUUGUAUGACUGAUUGAAUUGUUCAUGAAGCAAUUGUCUCCGAAGUUCAGUUGGAGGUAAUCAGUCGUAGGUGGCUGUAUUUUCACAAGUGCCACUACAUUUCUAAA